AUGGACUCUAAUCAGGUCCCUUGCUGUACCUAUGUCCCUAGACAAAUUUCUAAUGACGAACUUCUUCGGCUCCUUCCCUCUUCUUGGGUCAUAGCUUAUGAACAACAGGUCUCCGCAGCUCAGCCACAAGUUCUUCCUGCACCAGUCCAGUCUACGAAUCCUGAAUAUAUCACUCAUCCUGGUGGAGAAGUUGAAAUCCAUUUUCCUGCUCCAAGACCUCGUCCUUCUCCCUUUCCAACCUCUUUUGGAAUGAUUCAAGAAAAGAUACCCAUUAAAUCUUUUGAUUCUAAGGGUGAUCCGAUUUAUUUCUUUCAAGAUCCAGUUACUGGUCACAAAUACUUUGACCUCUAUGACUCUUUCGCCCUUAUUGGCCAAAAAGAGAAGCACCUCAGGUACCUUGAAGCACAGCUUCAUCAAAUGCAGCAACAACAACCUCGUGCUCCCUCUUUUGCCUCUUCUCAUCGGCAACAGCAACCACUUCCAGUUACAGUUCCAAGCUUCAUCCCACAAGAUCCUUUUGCUUUGUAUGCCUCUCCGACGCCUCCUGUUGUUUCUUUUUCAAGGACUUUUCCUACUGAAGAAUUGAAAGAACUUCAACGUCAACAGUGUGCUCUUCCCAAAAGAACACGAGUAGCCAGAGGACGUGCCCGCAGUAGACUACCCCCAGCAUGGACAUCUACUACUGCACUUAUGGAUCUUAGUGACUAUGAAGAUGAAUAUGCAGAUGCCCUACCAGAACCUCCCCCAUUUACCCCUUAUCCUAUGCCAGUCUCCUAUCCUGCCCCUGCACCUCCUAAUCCUUUGGCCACUACUACCUCUACCCCCGUAACUACUACACCACCAAAAUCAAUCCAUACCAUCAUUUCCCCCUCAGAAAACCCUCUCUCUGAGUAUCUUACAACCCUUUCUAUCUCCGAUCCAGCCCCCCCUCCUUCUUUCAUGAAUGAAGGACCCCAACCUGCUGCACUUCAUGUUUCAGAAAUGGAUGAUGAUCCUGAAAUACAAAAUCCUGAUACUCCCAGAAACCCUCCUGUCCCUCCUACACCUUUUACCCCAUAUCAAACCAGGACCCCAAAUAAUUUUUCACCCUGGAUGAUAUUCCCGUUUCCAAAUGGGCAUCUCGAAUCGUUGAUUUUCAUGCAUGGAUUAAUGCAGAAUUACUUCAUGAAGGAGCUUCAUCUGUCACUGUCUUGUCCAAAUUUGUUUCAAGACUCCAAGGCAAGCUUAGGGAAUGAUAUUUAG